GACUUCUUUUUUUAUUCACUAGUAUAUGAUCCACAACAGAAGACUCUUCUUGCUGAUAAAGGAGAGAUCAGAGUUGGGAACAGAUAUCAGGCUGAUAUAUCAGACUUUCUGGAAGAAGGUGAGGAUGAUGGCAGAGAUCAAUCAAAACUUGAAACAAAAAUUUGGGAAGCAUUUAAUCCACUAAGAGAUAAGCAAAUAGACCAAUUUCUUGUAGUAGCACGUUCUGUUGGAACAUUUGCACGUGCUCUGGACUGCAGCAGUUCUGUUCGGCAGCCAAGUUUGCAUAUGAGUGCUGCAGCAGCUUCUAGGGAUAUCACACUGUUCCAUGCCAUGGAUACCUUGCACAAACACGUCUAUGACAUUUCCAAGGCGAUCUCUGCCCUCGUGCCGCAGGGUGGGCCCGUUUUGUGCAGGGAUGAAAUGGAGGAGUGGUCUGCUUCCGAGGCUAAUCUCUUUGAAGAAGCUCUUGAAAAAUAUGGAAAAGAUUUCACAGACAUUCAGCAAGAUUUUCUUCCAUGGAAAUCCUUAACCAGCAUAAUUGAGUAUUACUACAUGUGGAAAACAACAGAUCGUUACGUUCAGCAGAAACGGUUGAAAGCUGCAGAAGCAGAAAGCAAGCUAAAGCAAGUUUAUAUUCCUAAUUAUAACAAGCCUAACCCUAACCAGAUCAAUCUAAACAACGUCAAGCCAGGAAUGGUAAAUGGUGCAGGAGUUAAUGCACAGAACGUGGGAACAGGACGCGCUUGUGAAAGCUGCUAUAUGACACAGUCUCACCAGUGGUACACAUGGGGUCCUCCGAAUAUGCAGUGCCGCCUUUGCACAUCUUGCUGGACAUACUGGAAGAAAUACGGUGGUUUGAAAAUGCCAACACGGCUGGAUGGAGAGCGGCCAGGCCCAAACCGCAACAACUCGAGUCCUCACAGUGCACCCAUAAGAAACAACGGGAGCCCCAAGUUUGCCAUGAAAACACGACAGGCUUUCUUCCUGUACACAACAAAGCUGACCAAGCUUGCCAGACGGUUAUGCAGGGACAUCCUGCGUCCUUGGCAUGCAGCGCGACACCCUCAUGUGCCUAUCAACAGUGCUGCAAUCAAGGCAGAAUGUGCAGCUCGUUUACCAGAAGCUUCAGAAAAUGUGUUGUUACUAAAGCAAGUUGUUAGAAAACCUUUAGAAGCGGUACUUCAGUAUCUAGAGUCUCAUCCGUGUCAUCUGAAACCUGAUCCUGCCAAGAGUUUGUCGGGCUCCCUCAGCAGUGUGCCUUGCACUAAAUAUGCUCCAAUGAUUAACAAUGGAUCUCCAACUAUCUUGGGAAAAAGAAGCUACGAGCAGCACAAUGGGAUGGAUGGCAACACGAAGAAGCGCCUGCUGAUGCCUGGCAAGGGUCUGCCUAACCACGGACAAAACAGACAAAUGGGAACAAGUCAAAACUUGCUGCUCAGUGGGAAAUCAUACCCAACAAAAGUCCGGUUAAUCCGUGGUGGAGCCAUGUUCCCAGUGAAAAGGAGGAGGAGGAUGAACUGGAUUGAUGCUCCGGAUGAUGUUUUCUACGUAGCCAGUGUGGAGACCAGGAAAAUCCGCAAAUUACUUUCCUCCUUUGAAGCCAAGCGAGCUGCAAGACGCCCAUACAAGACGGUUGUCCUCCGGUCUCUGCAGGAUGCGCAUCUACGGCAGCCUGUGAACGAAGAACCAAUAAUCAUUGAGGACUAAUGCAAACUUGUUCAGCUCGCCCUGGAAACCUAGUGGAGCUUUCCAAGCCCAGCUCGCCCUGCCAUGACUUCUGUGACUGCACAGUUGGAUCCAUUGCCGACGGAAAACAGCAGAACAUCUAGGAAAGGAACAGAGCUGAGGACUGAGAGGAGCGGGACCUUGCUCUAGGUCUGGAUGGCCACAAAGUGCUUUCUCCUUUUAAAAAAUGGUGGUAGAUUUUCCUUUGCAGGUAGUUUGUUCUGCUGCUUGAGGUGAGAUGGCAGGGAGCGACAUUCAUUUAACGUAUUGUGGAGGGGGAGGACAGCAAGCCUUGCGUGUUCUCUCUUCAUAGACGGAAACACAGAUGGCUCCAUUUAUGACUAAGAUUUUGAUGUGAAGGCGUUUUAUGGGAAUGUUGUAAGUUUUGUGUGUAUGUGUUUUUGUAAACAGCACCAUUUUAAGAAUCUAUUUAUAUUAUUUCUUUGUAGGUGAAGUGCAAAUGUGUAUCUGUAAUCUCUGGAAAUACAGCAGUCGGAAACAAGCCACAUGUUCAGUGGC